AUGGCAAACAAGAGCUCACACUUCAAAGAAGAAAGAAAACAGCUAAAAGAAAAACCUCCUCGUAUUUUCCAUAGGCAAGAAGAAUACAGUAAAAAGGAAAGAAAAAACGAUGCUGAAAGGAUUCUGCAAGAAUUUAAGAGAAUGGAUUUCAACACAGGCAGAAAGGAGCUGGAGAUCCAACUUAUGGUUAUAAUAGAUAUAUACCCAGAAGCCUGGUACAAUCUCAAUCCAAGGACAAAAAUAGGAAUCUUACGGAAUGAACUAGCUUUUCGCUACAAUUUAAUAGAGGCUAAGAUGGGUAAAGAAAUAAAAAGGCUUUUAGCCCCUAUGAAUUCCACCUCUUUUGAAGAAUGCACGGAAGAACUGUGGAAUAAAUGCUGGGCUCUAAUUUUACAAAUAGCUGAGCAGGAGGGACCCUUUUCAGUGAGUAAUUUACCCUGUAUUAAAUGCUUUCCACGCUGCAUUGGGGAAAUUAAUUACACUGACUGGUGCGAGGCAUUUUAUGGGCAAGCCAUUUUAUCAGAGCCCAAGACAUAUAAAGAAAUCGAGUUUGAGCUCACUAGAUGGAACUCUGUGUACCCUGCUAGUUUUUUAAAUGCAUGGGAAAUGGGAAAGGGAAACAGAGACCUAGCAUUCCAAUAUCUUUGGAGCGAGUGUGCUAGACUGGAUAAACAGUUUGGCAAUAAGAGUACUUGGGAUAACUAUUAA